AUUCACUGAAGAAGCAGGAGACGCAGACGGUGCAAAUCUGCGAGAACCAAUACAGAGGCAACCACAACAGAAUUUCUUACUUAAAUGCACUUUUACAAACGGAUGGCGUUUGUAAGCGCAGGCAGCGAAACGCACAGACGUAACCGGCCUCUCGGAGAAUCAGCCCGGUACAUCAGCCCGUAGGUGCUGCGAACCAGUUGCAGAUUUGAUCGCCAACUCGCUCUCUCUGCGUUUCGUUGCGAUGGAAACAGAGGUUUCAUCAAGAAAGGAAAUCAGAGAUCCCUCUCUUCCUCUCUCCUCCCUGCGCCUUUUGGUUCCCCCUCUACGGCUGUUCUCUGCAGCCAUGUGGCAAGUGGUGCAGCAGCGAGACAUAAUGCAUUAUGGGAAACUGGAGGAGUUUGUGACUUUGGUGACAGAGGCAGUCCCAGAGCUGCUGAGUUACAGACAGAGGAACCAGCUGAUUCUGGCACUGCGAGCGAGGCUGGGUCCCAGUUAUGACUCAGCUCUGCAGAUGCUGGUGUGGGAGUUCCUCUCCAGACUAGAGCAGCUGCUUCCAGUACCAGACCUCAAACAGACUGUAUCAUGGCUCGAUGCUGCCCCCUCUGUCCUGGAGGAGUGUGUGCAGUCUGUCUCUGACCCACAGCAUCUUAAGACCCUACUCCAGCACCACAGAUGUCCUGGGCUCUGGGAUAGGAAUGUCUCUGAAGCUCUUCCCUCCAUGGAAAACUCUGUGCUGCCUUCCCUCCCUCCAUUUGGAAAAGUGGUGAAUUCAGCAGAACUGACUGACUCUGAUAGCCAAUCAGAAUCUGCGGUUGGUUCUAAGUACUUUUCAAGUCCUGCAUCUUCAGGUGAAGAAAUGACAGAUACUUUGAUGGACAGCAGAGAUUACACGGUAGUGGAGCUGGGAUCAGGUCUAAACAGAAGUAAAGAUAUAGAGGAGAGGAUGAAGAGGAAGACUGGAUAUGGGAUGAGCAGGGAGGAGAUAGACAUACUAUCCAACAUAAAGGAGGAGGAAGAGGAAGGUGGGGACAGGCAGAGUGAGGAGAUGGAGAAGGAGGAUGGUGUGAGAGAUGAAGAGGACAAGGGACUUUGGAGGGAGGGCCAAAAAGAGAGACAUGAACAGAGGGAGAGAGAUGAAAGUGAUCCAGCCCUCCAGACUGACAGAGAGCUGAAGAAUGAAGGAAAAUCAGACUGUAGCCAACAGGAAGGGGAGGGCCUUUCACCUCAGGUCAUUUCCUGUCUUCUCAAACAGCCUAGAGUGCUGAUUCGCCGACUUGAGGUCACAGAGAUGUCAGUUCUUGUAUCAUCACUUUCUCAUCCUGUGGUCAGUAAUGGGAACCAGGGAGUGAGAUCUCCAUGGAAACAGGAUGAGUUUACUCCAGUGAUGGAAGACAGCUCACUGAGGCAGAAGGAACAGGUCAUGAUCCAGAAGGAGGAGAUGAUUGACAGCUUGGAGAACCCCCUGAAAGAGCCUCCAGAUUCAUCAGAGCCAGAGAUCUGUGCUGAACCCUCCUUUGAAUCUUCUGUCAUCCCCCUCAGUAAAGGAAACACAGGGCAGACAGCUGAGGUGGCGUCUUGGGUCUUUGCCUGCUCCCAGUGCCCAUUCACUCACAUGGAAGAAGUGAACCUUCACCAGCACAUUGAGAAGGUUCACCCAGAGGAGUACAGCAGGAUUCUGGGAUCUGGAGGAAAUGGAGCAGAGAACCCACUGCCUCCCAGCAGCACCCCUCAGCACCCCACACAGACCUUCAGUGAAUCAACUACUUUGAAGAACCAUACAGGGGAGCGGCCAUACCACUGCCCCCAUUGUCCAAAGAGAUUCAAAGCUGCAAAACACCUGACUGCACAUCAGAGAACUCAUACAGGGGAGCGACCAUAUCUCUGCUCCGAGUGUGGAAUGAGUUUCAGUCAUUCAGGUUCUCUGACACUACACCAGCGAACCCAUACAGGAGAGCGCCCAUACCACUGCUCCCAGUGUGGGAAGGAUUUCAGAUGUGCGUCACUCCUGACAGCGCAUCAGCGAAUCCAUACAGGAGAGCGUCCCCAUCAGUGCUCCCACUGUGGGAAAGCCUUCAGUCAGUCAAGUAAUCUGACGGAACACCUGAGAAUUCACACAGGAGAGCGUCCAUACCACUGCUCCCAGUGUGGAAAGAGCUUCAGUCGAUCAACUACUUUGACGAAACAUCAGCGAACUCAUACAGGAGAACAGCCGUACCACUGCUCUCAGUGUGGGAAGAAUUUCACUCAAUCAAGUGCUCUUUAUAAACACCUGAGAAUUCACACAAGGGAGCAUGUCUACCACUGCUCACAUUGCAGGAAAAGCUUCAAUUACCAGUCCGACCUUAGGCAGCACGAGCGAAUUCACGCAGGUGAGCAUCCCUACCACUGCUCCGAGUGCGGGAAGAGCUUCUCCUAUCAGUCAGCCUUAACACGACAUCAGCGAAGCCAUACAGGAGAGCGGCCGUACCACUGCUCCCAGUGCGGGAAGAGCUUCUCCUAUCAGUCAGCCUUAACACGACAUCAGCGAAUUCAUACAGGAGAGCGGCCGUACCACUGCUCUCAGUGUGGGAAGAGUUUCACUCGAUCAAGUGCUCUUACAAAACACCUGAGAAUUCACACAGGGGAACGCCCAUUCCACUGCUCCCAGUGUGGGAAGAGCUUCACUCGAUCAAGUAGUCUGAGACAACACCAGCGAAUUCACAGAGAGGAAUGCCAGUCUACUGAGAUGAGCACGGGAAGAGAUUCAGUUGAUCAGGUAGACACUAGUAAUCACAGAGGGCAGUGCUAUUCCACUGCUCUCAGUGUGGAAAGACUCACCUGAGAGAUUUGACAGAGCUCCAAAUCACAGAGAACUGUGAUUACGCUGUUCUAGUGUGGUAAGCUUUGAGCAAUCUGGGAAAACAGCAGUUCUCAUGCAAAAGAGCACUCACUGCAUGCUCAGGGCAGCUGAUGGUCCAUCAGUCAUUUGAAACAGGGUGGCGUUGAAUUAUAGUUCCUCAUGCAGGAUGUCUUUCCAUUGAUCCAAAAGAGUGAUGGGGAAAAUGAACCUUUUCAACACAGUGAACCAUUUGAAUUUGAAAUAGAAUCAUUGUUUCAAGCGGCUUUAACCCUCAGCACCGUGAUGAUGACAUUUAGUUCAUGGGAGUCAUAGCAACCAACCUCCUGUUCUGGAAGUGGAAGAUGCCCGGCUCCCAGUCAGAGUGAAGCUGGGUCCUCAGUGCCUGAAUCCCAGGCAUCCUCAGCAGCUGUGGAAUAGCAUCCCUAACCAGUGUAUGUAUUACCUUUACAAAAGUGAAAUACAAUGUGAACAAUCUACAUGCACAGUUGGGAAAUUGUUUGCACAUGAGUGGGCAGUUCAUGUAAGUGAUGCUGACAUUAAUGCAUUGAAACAAUCAUGCUAGUGACUAGAUGAAAUUGUGACAAUAUUAAAAUAUCUGUUAGUAUGAUGGGAAAUUGUUUAUUGCAGCAAUGGACUUCAUAAUUUAGCUGUCAUGUCUGUUGGCUAACAUAGACCUUGUGUUAACAGUUGUGUUAACAGUCUCGAGACGAGCCGUUUAUUUAACUUCAGGUGAGCUAAGAGCUGUUGAUACUGUACAUUUAACUGUUUGGAUUGCAGUGAGUCAGUAAUAUGUCACCUGCAUGUACAACCUUGUGUCACUUUCAGCAUUCAUUAAAAGCCUAUUGCG